ACCGAAGAAGGAAACUGUCGAAUCUGCUGUUUCUAGUCCCUCCUGGCUUUCCGUUCUCCAGGUCCGCCUGACACAGUCGGUCUGGGCCGCCAUAUUGAAUAAGCGCCCAGGCCUCUGAGGGGGUCAGUGAGGUGCAAACAGUUCUGCAGAGCAGCUUCGGCGGCUCCGGAGAGAAGCAAUAUGUUAAGGAUACCUGUAAGAAGGGCCUUAGCUGGCUUUUCUAAAUCAAAAGGAUGUGUUCGAACAACUGCCACAGCAGCUAGCAACUUAAUUGAAGUAUUUGUUGAUGGUCAGUCUGUCAUGGUGGAACCAGGAACUACUGUCCUCCAAGCCUGUGAGAAGGUUGGCAUGCAGAUCCCUAGAUUCUGUUAUCAUGAAAGAUUGUCUGUUGCUGGAAACUGCAGAAUGUGCCUUGUUGAAAUUGAGAAAGCUCCUAAGGUUGUAGCUGCUUGUGCCAUGCCAGUAAUGAAAGGUUGGAAUAUCCUGACAAAUUCAGAGAAGUCUAAGAAAGCCAGAGAAGGAGUGAUGGAGUUCUUAUUAGCAAAUCACCCACUCGACUGUCCUAUCUGUGAUCAGGGAGGUGAAUGUGAUCUGCAGGACCAGUCCAUGAUGUUUGGAAAUGAUAGAAGCCGAUUUUUAGAGGGGAAACGUGCUGUGGAGGACAAGAACAUUGGACCAUUGGUAAAGACCAUCAUGACUAGAUGUAUACAGUGUACUCGCUGCAUCAGAUUUGCAAGUGAGAUUGCAGGAGUAGAUGAUUUAGGAACAACAGGCAGAGGAAAUGAUAUGCAAGUUGGUACAUAUAUUGAGAAGAUGUUCAUGUCUGAACUCUCUGGGAAUGUCAUUGAUAUCUGCCCUGUAGGUGCCCUGACCUCUAAACCCUAUGCCUUUACUGCCCGGCCUUGGGAAACCAGAAAGACAGAAUCCAUUGAUGUAAUGGAUGCAAUUGGAAGUAAUAUUGUGGUAAGCACAAGAACUGGAGAGGUGAUGAGGAUUUUGCCAAGGAUGCAUGAAGACAUCAAUGAAGAAUGGAUCUCUGAUAAAACCAGAUUUGCCUAUGAUGGGCUAAAACGUCAAAGACUUACAGAGCCGAUGGUCAGAAACGAAAAGGGGCUUUUAACCUAUACUUCCUGGGAGGAUGCACUUUCCCGUGUAGCAGGAAUGUUGCAGAGUUUCAAAGGUAAAGAUGUGGCAGCAAUUGCAGGUGGAUUGGUGGAUGCUGAAGCUCUAGUAGCUCUCAAGGACUUGCUUAAUAGAGUUGACUCUGAUGCUCUAUGCACUGAAGAGGUCUUCCCCACCGCAGGAGCUGGCACAGAUUUACGUUCCAAUUAUCUUCUAAAUACUACAAUUGCUGGUGUAGAAGAGGCAGAUGUUGUUCUCCUGGUUGGUACAAAUCCCCGUUUUGAGGCACCACUAUUUAAUGCUAGAAUUCGAAAGAGCUGGCUUCAUAAUGACUUAAAAGUGGCCCUUAUAGGAAGCCCAGUGGAUCUCACUUACAGAUAUGACCACCUGGGAGACUCUCCAAAAAUUCUUCAAGACAUUGCUUCGGGUAGCCAUCCAUUCAGCCAGAUCCUAAAGGAAGCUAAAAAACCAAUGGUGGUUUUAGGUAGUUCUGCACUCCAAAGAAAUGAUGGGGCAGCAAUUCUUGCAGCUGUUUCCAACAUUGCUCACAAGGUUCGGAUGAGUAGUGGUGUUACUGGUGAUUGGAAAGUUAUGAAUAUCCUUCAUAGGAUUGCAAGCCAAGUAGCUGCUUUGGAUAUUGGCUAUAAACCUGGGGUGGAAGCAAUUCGGAAGAAUCCUCCUAAAGUGCUGUUUCUCCUGGGAGCAGAUGGAGGUUGUAUCACUCGACAGGAUUUGCCAAAGGAUUGUUUCAUUAUUUAUCAAGGACAUCAUGGUGAUGUUGGAGCACCUAUGGCUGAUGUUAUUCUCCCAGGAGCUGCUUACACAGAGAAGUCUGCUACUUAUGUCAAUACUGAGGGUAGAGCUCAGCAGACUAAAGUAGCAGUCACACCUCCUGGCUUGGCAAGAGAAGAUUGGAAAAUUAUAAGAGCUCUCUCUGAGAUUGCAGGUAUAACUCUUCCAUAUGAUACUCUGGAUCAAAUAAGGAAUAGAUUGGAAGAAGUCUCUCCUAAUCUUGUUCGAUAUGAUGAUGUCGAAGGAGCUAAUUAUUUCCAGCAAGCAAUUGAGCUCUCCAAGCUAGUGAACCAGCAACUUCUUGCUGAUCCUCUUGUUCCACCUCAGCUAACAAUAAAAGACUUCUACAUGACAGAUGCAAUUAGCAGAGCCUCACAGACAAUGGCCAAAUGUGUCAAAGCUGUUACAGAGGGUGCCCAGGCAGUAGAGGAACCAUCCAUAUGCUGAAACAUCUUUUAGGAACCCAGUUUUACUACAAAUAAUUAAUGGACAAUUAUAUUAGAGUGCUCUCUCAGAGGUUUAUCUCUUUAAAAAAUAAUCCUAAUGAUGUAAUAUUAAGGUUCUACAAUGUUUUUUUGAACGCUAUAUUGCAAUUAUCAAAGAACCUUGAGGUUUCAAACACACAUUUAUGUAUUCUGUGUAACAUUGUUAAGUGGUUUAAUAAACGUGUAUACUCAUGCUCAUUCAUGUAAAAGCAUUGAUAUUGUGGCAAAUACAAACACUUAAAAUGUGAUUUCUUCUAAGAUCAUUAUGUUUAUAAAAUGGAUGUAAUAAGGGCUUCCAUUAGAAAUUACCUAGAAAAAAGGUAAAGUAUUUUUGUUAAGAUGAAUAGACAAAUAUAAUCAUAAAUCAGAUCUGCAUCUUGGACACCUGUAACUAGCAAUCAUAAUAAUGAUAGCUAAUGGUUAUUCAGCAUUUUCUGUGUGCUAAGCUCUGAGGUUUUACAUGCAUCAUCUUGUUUUAUCCUUGCUACUUCCCUGUGAGCUAGUACUAUUUCAUUGCAGAAAUGAAGAAACUGAAGCCCAGUUUAUUAGGUAGCUUGCCCAAGACCACACAGCAAAAAAGUCAGACUCAAGCCUAAUUUUCUCUGUCUCCAAAGUCCAUUCUUUUUAAAUGAUACAUAUAAUUCACUCCAUUAAUAUUGAUUCAGUAUGUAUUACUUCUAACAAUUAUUAUCGAGAGAACCUUAGUGGAUAAAAUAUUUUCUAUUUUCUUUUGAAUCUGUUUACAUAAUGUCAUGAUGAUUUAUAUGACAUUUUUCUUUGUGUAGUAGAUUACACACACACCCUUGGAAUGAGGGCAGUCUCAACAGAUAAUUUAUGUCUCACUGUUGUUCCAUAUUCAUUAUAUUAACACCAACUCUAGCAUUAACUAAAUUGUUCCAGUAAUAGAUGAUAAAAGUAAUAGCUUUUGUAAUUUUCAAUUAAGACAAAAAAGUGAAAAUUUUAUUCAGGUUUAUUCUAAAGUUGUUAAUUUUUUUUCAAAAUCUGUUAUUGGAAUCCUUGUAGAAUCAUUAUUCCUUUCUGCUUUUACUACAGACUCAGCCCAUCUAUAGUAUAUAGUUUUCCUCAUAUAAUAGAGGAUAAGGCUUUUAGAAUAGUAUAUCAUCAAUAUUUAAAAAUUGUACAUAAUUUGUCACCUAUAACAGCCUUUGCAGAACUGUUUAGUUUAUCCACUUUUGUGAUAUAUCCUGAAGUUGUAUGCAUUGCUUAAAGUACUUUGCUUAAAAUUCUCAGUUGCCUGAAAUACAAAUUUCCUGAAAGUCUUUGAAUUCAGUGCAAACUUCCUAGCCCUCUCUACUUUCUUCACCCCUUAGCACUUAGGGGGCAUAUCCUCCCAGUUUGGUUUUUCACACAGAACUCUACACCAAAUAUGUGCAGACUUAAGAUUGUUUGUAAGAGGUUAUUGCACUCAAAUGGAGAGAAAGUGACAUAUGCCUAAACUGGUCCAGGAUCCUUGGGCUGCACAUGUAAACUUGUGAUUCUGUAAAUACCUUAUUUGGGGUCAGUAGUACUCAAUAAAUGUGUUGGUUUUUACAUUAAUAUGAAAAUUCAUGGGCAUCUAUGAAUCAUAUAAGGCUGAAUAUUAAGUUUAUGAUAAGCAUAAACAUUUAAUAAUUGCUAAGGGGAAAGAAGACCCUGAAGAAGAGCUUCCAUAUUGAAGAAAAAUACAUGUAGGUGAGAACAAUAAUCUGGCUGAUGGAGUUGUGUUUUUUUUCCCCCUGAAGUGUAAUUGACUUAUAUUAGUUUCAGGUAUACAACAUAUUUGUAUAUAUCGUGAAGUGAUUACCAUAAGUCUAAUUAACAUCUAUCAUCCUACAUAGUUAUGAAAUUUAUUUCUUGUAAUAAGAACUUUUAAGAUCUACACUCAGUAACUUUGAAAUAUGUAAAAUGGUAUUACCAACUAUACUCAGCCAUGUUCAUUACAUCCCCAUGACUUAUUUUACAACUGUUUAAGUUUUACUUUGACCCCCUUCACCCAUCUCUCACCCACUCCUACCUUACCCUCCACCUGUUGGAACCAUCAGUCUGUUCUCUAGGAACUUAGGUUCAUUGUUUUUUCUUUACAAUUCCAUAUAUGAGAUUAUAUGAUAAUUGUUUUUGUCUACUUGACAUACUUCAUUUAGUAUAAAGUCCUUGAGAUCCAUCCAUGUUAUCACAAAUGGCAAGGUUUCAUUCUUUUUUAUGGCUAAAUAAUACUACAUUGUAUAUGUGUACACACAUUUUCUUCAUCCCUUGGGCAUUGUUUCUAUGUAUUAGCUAUUGUCAAUAAUUCUGUAGUGAACAAGGGGAUGUAUAUAUAUCUUUGAGUUAGUGUUUUUGUUUUCUUUAAUAAAUAUCCAGAAAUG